CUCAUGUUCUCAUUCAGUCAUUUUCACUCUACAAAACAGAAUCCUCAAACUAUGAAACUCAUAGCAUCCUUUUCAACACCAUCCUAAAUCAAAACAAAGUUUUCAUGUUUUCAAACAAAAACAACAAUGGAUCCUUGUCCUUUUGUUCGUCUCACAAUUGAAUCAUUAGCACUAAACCUUCCAUCACCAACAAACUCAUCAACACUUUCUCGUAUCCAUCCUUCAACAACACCAUGUUUUUGCAACAUCUCCAUACCAAACUUCCCUUCUCAAACCGCACUCAUUCAUCUCUCUUCUUCGUCGUCUUCGUCUUCGACACCCGACACAACAACCUCCGCCGCUGGAUUCCACCUCGACUCCGCCGCACUCCGGCGUCUCACCGGAAAACCAACCCCGCUUCGCUUCUCUGUUUACGCCGGAAGCAAUGGAACAACCUGCGGUAUUAAAAGUUCGAAGCUAUUAGGUCGGGCUGUUGUUAACAUCGAUGUUAAAAACUCUCUGUCUCGUUCGGUUAUGUUUCAUAGUGGGUGGCUUGAGUUGGGAAAGAAAAAGAAGAAGAACGGGGUUGAACCGGCUCGGAUUCAUUUGGUGGUUCGGUCUGAACCGGACCCACGGUUUGUUUUUCAGUUUGGUGGUGAACCGGAGUGUAGUCCUGUGGUUUUUCAGAUUCAAGAGAAUAUUAGACAACCGGUUUUUAGUUGCAAGUUCAGUGCUGAUCGAAACUCUAGAUCAAGGUGUAGUUCAUUAUCUGAUGUGGCAAUCACCCCUAAUAGAUGGAGAAUGUCAUUGAAAAGUGUUCGAGAGCGUCAGACGAGAGAAAGAAAGGGUUGGAUGAUAAUAGUUCACGAUCUUUCUGGUUCACCGGUCGCUACAGCCUCAAUGGUCACACCAUUUGUCCCUUCCCCUGGCUCAGAUAGAGUAUCAAGAUCAAACCCCGGCGCAUGGCUCAUUCUUCGCCCGAACGGUGCCUCGGUGAGUAGUUGGAAGCCGUGGGGACGCUUAGAAGCAUGGAGAGAAAGAGGUCCUAUAGAUGGCUUGGGAUACAAGUUUGAACUCAUGACCGAAGAUAGCGGAAUACCUAUCGCUGAAUCCACAAUGAGUGUGAAAAAGGGUGGUCAAUUUUGCAUUGAUUAUAAAGUUAUGAAAGAGUGUUAUGGAUUGUGUUCAAGGUUUAUAGGUAAAGGUUUUGUGAUGAGUUCUAGUGUUGAAGGUGAAGGAAAAACAAGUAAGCCUUUUGUGCAAGUUGGUGCACAACAUGUUACAUGUAUGGCUGAUGCUGCAUUGUUUGUUGCACUAUCUGCUGCCAUUGAUCUUAGUAUGGAUGCAUGUCAACUUUUCUCUCAUAAACUUAGGAAAGAACUUUGUCAUGAAUAAUUUUCUUUUCCAUAAAAAUAUAUUGGAAGAGAGUUCAAUUACAA